AUGAAAGAUCUGAUAGUGAAUAGGAAGGAGUUGAGAUCCUGGCAGAAGAAUCUAGUUUGGGGCAAGGAUGGUACGUUAUACUUGAACACAUCGCCUCAUAUCACAAUUGCGCAACCGCGUUUCGAGAAGGAAGUGAACGGUAACAGUAAGAAUCUAUUCCAUUUGAAAGAGUUCCCGCUGGAAUUGGAAUCUAAUAAUAAAUUGGAGUUCGAGUUUGCUGAGAGGAACACGCUUUUGAAUUCACAACCGAUUUCAUAUGUUAGGUAUUGCGAACCUUCCCUGGGCGGUAAUAACAAUAAUUUAUUAGCUGUCUUGACUUCUAAUGGGAAUGUCUGCAUAUUUGAAAACGAUGUCCUGGUGGCAAAUUUGGAUGACUCAGCUGCACCAUUGGCAGGGAGAAUUUACCAUUCAUUGCAUUGGAAUUCGAAUUUAACUGCUAAUGGAGAAUAUAUAACUCUCGGUAAUGAAUUGGGUCAAUUGGUAAUCUUUCAAAAAGGUAAUUCUGACAACAGUUUCCAUCUGCUCAAGACCAUCAAUUUGGUAUCGGACUGCUUGGAGUGGAUCACAUCCAUUGUUGAAGACGAUAAUGGGACGUUAUUUGCAACUUUAACAAAUAAUUCCGUAUAUUCCGUGAAAUCCAUGUAUGUGGACGACCCCACAAUAGAAAUGAUUAAGGAACCUUCGAGAUUUAAAAUAUUUGAUACAAAAGCUUUGGAUGGAUAUGUGGUUAUAACCACCACUGGUUAUUUCCAUAAGAUUAAUGUCUCCACAGGACAGCAUUUCCAAUUUGAGAUCGGCGCCAAUGAUGGAUUCCAUAUAAUCCCAGUGACUAUUGACGGUGAACAAAAGUCAACUGUCUUAUUAUCAAACAAGACAUCAUGUUCUAUUCAAUUAAACGAUGAGGAAAUAACAUUAUUACCAGAUAAUAUUAUUUCACCACAUUUGGAAAAAAAGUUUAAAAAAUGGAACACAUAUUGGAAUGAAUAUGAUAAGUAUGAAACGAGUUUGGUAAUCUGUGGUGUUUCUAUCUCAAUGGAUGGAUAUUCUGUGGCUAUCAUGUACGACAUUGAAAGAAUUUCGCUGAAAUACAGGAUUGCAUCUGAACAUCAAUAUCAUAUUAAGUUUAUUCCUUUGAAUACCAAAUGGGAAAUUUCUUCUAAAGUAACUGGGCUAGCGUGGUACCAAGCUUACCAUAUCUACAAUAAAAUGUUGCCCUUCCAAGGUCAAGUAGAAAUAGAUCUUAAUGAUCCUAAAUAUGACACUACAUUAGAUUUCAAGGAUUAUCUGAUAACAUUGCUGAAUGAUAAUCAACUGAAUAAACUAAGGUUUUUAAAUCUAAUUGAAGAAAAGGCAUCUAUUGAAACGUUUCAAAAGCUAAUAUUAAAAUAUGCAACCGCAAAUGUAGAAAAGGUUACAAAUCCAAUAGAUAAAUGUUGUAUACAGUCGUUGGCAACAGUACUCAACCUUCCAUGCCCUAUCCAAUCUGAUCCGAUAACGAUUAAAAGUGAAUACAUUGAAGAAACGGUUGAUGUUAAAUUGGCUAAGGAUUUAAAUCAAAUAAUUGCCGUUGAUGGCACGGUAUGGAAACGAUGUGCUGUGUCGUUACUUCCUCUUUUAACAACAAAAGUGAAAAUAUGUCCCGUGAGCAAGACCAGAAUCAUUGACAUUAACAAAGAUUCUUUAAAUGACUAUGGAUGGUUUUCACGGACGCUAUUAGAAGUCUUUAACAAUAACAGCAUAUAUUGUGAUACAAACAUGAUAUCUGCUUGA